UGCCGUUUUCCUCUGUAGGGGUAUGUGAGUGAUAUGAAAAAUAACUUAAAGAUUGUUUCCACUCCAAGGAGGGUAAUAGUGAACUCUACCUCUCAGUUCAGUGGUUUCAGGACUACGCUGUAGAUGCAGGACAGAUGAAGAGAGCUGGAGAAGACUAUUCCCAAAGGUGCUCAAAAUCCAAGUGCUCACAGCUGAUGAGGCAAACCUGGGCAGUGGAGAGAACAAUGUUCCCUGUGAGCAGCUCAAGGGGAAGAAUAAAGAUGCAGAGGAUUGACUAGAACUGUGCCCCCAUCAGUGUAUUGAGAUGGAAAGGUGUGAAAGCCAAAAGCUUGAUAUUGAAAUAAGGAGUCUGAUACAGAAGAGUAACACUUGCCAGCCCGGUGAGGACUCCAAACCUGCUGCCCAAGAGAGUGCAAACCCUCAGGAAACUUAAUGUUCACUUAAGAUCCAUAGUGAAGCAAAUGCUCAAGGCCGUCUUGGAUGCGGAUGGGCAGGUGUGAGUGACAUGGAAGUCCCAGCAAACCCACUAGAAGCAACUUCAAGGUGCUGUACCUUUCGGGAUCCUUUGUUGGCUUGCCAUAGUCUGUUACUUGCUUUUCAGCUAGUUGAAAUGAAAUCAAGACUGGAUGUGUCAGAGAAGAAAGUCACUGAACUGGAGGAAAAGAGGCACCAACAGCAUCCAGAAGAUGAGAGACUGCAAGCCCUGGGCAGAGAGCAGUCACUGCAGGAAAUGAAAGAAACAAAAGUCCGUAGUGAAGCUCUCCAUGAAAUGAAGGAAGAGAACAGGCUCCUGAAGCAGAAGAAUGCCUCAAUAAUGAGAAAGAAAGAACACUAUGAGUGUGAAGUAAGUCGUCUCAAUAAGGCCAUUCUGGGUGUGUUGAAAAAGCAGGACACACCUGUACCUGGGACUCCUUCUGAGAUGGGUGGCAGAAACAGCCUUGAGGACAUGAGAAUCCAACUUGAAGUUCUCAGACACCAGGUAAGGGUGGCUGGAAGUAAGCCUAGACAGAUUUCAGACAGCAUAUUUUUGCCUUUUCUCCCAAGAACUGUGCCGGGUGGACUUGUCUAUGAAGUCCAUAUUGCUGUAAUAAUGUUUUAUUGUUCUGUGCAGCCAGACUAUCAGUGGUAUGUUACUGACCAGUUUCCGCCAGAUGUGCAGUGCAAGGCAAAUGAUUCAUCCUUGGAGAAGGGAGGCCAUCAGUGACAGCCUAUGACCUGGAGAAGUGUAGACCAAAGGCUGCGAGCUAAUCUUGCAGCUUAAUUAUUCUGUUUUGUUUUGGUUUUUUUUGUCACUAGCUCCUUAUCCCUUCAGUGCAUGUUAUUUAUGACAGGUGAAAUCCCUGCAAGGACAAUAGAAAAGCAGAUCAUAAAGGCUUGUGAUAUUCAGGAUCCAGUAAUACUCUGCUGGCAAGUGUUACUGCCCUUUGUUCUGAAGAUGCUGUUUGUGCUGUCUAUGAGAAUCUGUUAAAAACCCUUAUGAGAAAAUAUGUGGCUGUUGCUGGGGAUUCAGAGACUGUCAAAUAUGGUUUGAAUUCAAGAGCUUGUAAGCCAAAUAAUAGUGUUGUGAUACUUUUUUGUUUGUGAAUUAGUCUUUUUUUAUUGGAUUCCAGGGAAUGAUUUGUUGACAUACCAUCUUGAAUUCUGUGUCCUUUUUCUUAGUUGUUUAGUAAAAAGGAAAUCUACCUCACUGUUUUAAUAUGUUUUUGUGAUUAUCAGCAAGGUAGCACCGAUGGCAGGCCAGGUUGAAAGUGCCUGCUCCCCUUUUCCAGUCAAGCCCAGCUCUCCUUUUGUUUUGGAUCCACAAUGACAUGAAAAAUGUGUUCAGGUUUUUUUUGUGUGUGUGUUCUUAUUUAUAUCAGAAGAAUUUUAGUAGAAAUAUUUAAUGGGUUUAUCCUCUCAGUGAAAGUGGCUUUGUAUUUCUAAAUGAUUCUUGUAAUGAAUCUGAACAUUGCUGUGUAACCUCUAACUUGAGAAUGAAACCUGGCUUUUAAAAUUAAA